AUGAAGCCCGACACCUCCUUCACGGUUCCAUUCCUGAUCGACGGCGAGACGACGACGGGCUCGACGGGCGCCUCGUUCCCCGUGUACAGUCCGGCGACCGGCGAAGCCUUGUGGAACGGUGCCUCCGCGUCGCUCGAGGACGUGGAGGCGGUAGUUGCGGCGGCGACUGCGGCGCUGCCUGGUUGGAGGGCCACAAAGUUUAGCAAGCGCCGCGAUCUGAUAAUCCGCGCGGCGCAGCUGCUAGAGGAGAGGGCCAAUGAGCUGAAGGCGGCUAUGAUGGCGGAGACAGCCGCCGACGACGGCUGGGCUGGCUUCAACGUUUCGAAUGCGGCAGGCGUGCUCAAGGGUGUCGCUAGUAGGGUCACCUCGAUUGAGGGCCGGAUUCCAGAGAGCGAUUCGGAUGCUACAGUAUUGAUCCUGAAGGAGCCGUAUGGUGUUGUGCUUGCGAUUGCGCCAUGGAAUGCGCCGAUCAUCCUCGCCGUGCGCGCGAUCGUCUUCCCGCUCGCCGCGGGCAACACCGUGAUCUUCAAGUCGUCCGAGCUAUCACCGCGCACUCACUUCCUCGUAGCGGAGGUAUUCCAGCUCGCCGGGUUCCCGAAGGGCACCGUCAACCUGCUAGGCCACUCGCGGGAGAACGCGCCAAUGAUCACCACGGCGCUGAUCCAGGCGCCCGCCGUGCGCAAGGUCAACUUCACCGGCUCCACACCGAUCGGAAGGAAGAUCGCGGCGCUGGCGGGUGAGAAUCUGAAGCCGGUCACCCUCGAGCUCGGAGGGAAGGCCCCUAUGAUCGUGUUUGAGGACGCGGAUCUGGCGAAGGCCGCCGAGGCGGGCGUUUUUGGCGCUUUUCAUCAUGCUGGCCAGAUCUGCAUGUCCUGCGAGAAGAUCCUAGUGCACAAGUCGAUCGCGGCAGCGUUUACCACGGCGCUGAAAGCCGGCGUGACGAAGAUGUACGGCACGUCGCAAGUGCUGAUCCAAUCGGCGGGGUCCAAGAGGGUGUCGGAGCUGCUCUUCGACGCGGUGAAGCACGGCGCGACACUGCACCCGACGCUCGAGAACCCCUCCAACCCUAACGAGCAUCACAACGUUGUCGUCACCGACGUCACGACGGACAUGGCGCUGUGGCGGACCGAGUCCUUCGGCCCGGUCGUGAUGGUGGCCGAGUUCUCGGACGAGGCCGAGGCCGUCAGGAUGGCGAAUGAUACCGAUUAUGGACUCUCGGCGGCGGUUUGGACGAGAGAUGUGGCCAGGGGCAUCAGGAUUGCGAAAUUGAUCGAGAGCGGGGCGGUGCAUAUCAACGGACCGACGGUGCACGAUGAGGUAGCCCUGCCGCACGGAGGUGUGAAGAACAGCGGCUACGGGCGAUUCGGAAGCACGGAUGGACUGGAGGAGUUCUUGACUACGAAGACGAUCACAUUCAGAGGAUAG